CCUUUGGCUGCAAGCCGCCUCUCGUCGUUGCUCCUGCCGUCACCGCACGCCGCUCUCCCCGAAGCCGGCUACUCUUUUCCUCCCCGCGGGCGGAGCGGUUCUCGGAGUCAGGCGUGAAGUGGUUGCAGAGGGCCAUAUGUCUUAAAAUGUUAGAUGGGAAGCAAUUGACGUUACCAGCUCAACAGUGUGUCUCCUCAUAAAUACUUCCUGUGUUACAGUGCCAACUGAUUCAUUGUUGCCAACAGUACUAUAUAGUGAAACCACCAGAAAUAUAAAGGCUUCCGCAGGAAAUAUACUACAAAAUGAAUGAUCUUGCUAUCAAAAGAAUAACAAAUGAAAUUAUCAAAUCACCUGAAGAUAAGCGAGAAUAUCGUGGAUUAGAACUGGCAAAUGGCAUCAAAGCAAUGCUUAUCAGUGAUCCCACUACAGACAAAUCUUCAGCUACACUUGAUGUGCACAUAGGAUCGUUAUCUGAUCCCAUUAAUAUUCCUGGAUUAAGCCAUUUUUGUGAACAUAUGUUAUUUUUGGGAACUAAAAAAUUCCCCAAAGAAAAUGAGUACAGCCAAUUUCUCAGUGAACAUGGAGGAAGUUCAAAUGCUUUUACCAGUGGAGAACACACCAACUACUAUUUUGAUGUCUCACAUGAACACUUAGAAGGUGCUCUUGAUAGGUUUGCCCAAUUUUUCUUGUGCCCCCUCUUUGAUGAAAGCUGCAAAGAUAGAGAAGUAAAUGCUGUUGACUCUGAGCAUGAGAAGAAUUUAAUGAAUGAUUCAUGGAGACUAUUUCAGCUAGAAAAGGCUACUGGAAAUCCUAAUCAUCCAUUUUGCAAAUUUGGGACAGGGAACAAGUACACUUUGGAAACUAGACCAAACCAAGAAGGAAUAGAUGUAAGGCAAGAGCUUUUGAAGUUUCACUCCACUUACUAUUCAUCAAAUUUAAUGGCUGUUUGUGUUUUAGGACGGGAAACUUUAGAUGAGCUAACCAAACUGGUAAUGAAGUUAUUUUCUGAAGUAAAGAAUAAAAAUGUUCCAAUACCGGAAUUCCCUGAGCAUCCCUUCCAGGAAGAACAUCUCCGACAACUUUACAAGGUGGUACCUAUUAAAGAUUUUAGAAAUCUUUAUGUCACAUUUCCAAUACCAGAUCUUCAGAAGUACUACAAAUCAAACCCUGGCCACUAUCUUGGUCAUCUUAUUGGGCACGAAGGUCCAGGAAGUCUUUUAUCAGAACUGAAAGCUAAAGGCUGGGUAAGCACGCUGGUUGGUGGACAAAAAGAAGGUGCUCGAGGCUUCAUGUUUUUUAUUAUUAAUGUUGAUCUUACUGAAGAAGGACUGUUACAUGUGGAAGAUAUUAUUUUGCAUAUGUUUCAAUAUAUUCAAAAAUUACGCACAGAAGGACCUCAAGAAUGGGUUUUUCAAGAAUGUAAGGAUCUAAAUGCUGUAGCAUUUCGAUUUAAAGAUAAAGAAAGACCCCGAGGUUAUACAUCAAAACUUGCAGGGAUGCUUCAUUACUAUCCUAUUGAAGAAGUUCUUGCUGCUGAAUAUUUACUUGAAGAAUUUAGGCCAGAUUUAAUAGAAAUGGUAUUGGACAAACUGAAACCCGAAAAUGUCCGGGUUGCAAUUGUCUCUAAGACAUUUGAAGGAAAAACUGAUAAAAAAGAACGGUGGUAUGGAACCCAGUACAAGCAAGAAAAGAUUUCUGAUGAAGUCAUUAAGAAAUGGCAAAAUGCUGACCUUAAUGGGAAAUUCAAGCUUCCGAUGAAAAAUGAAUUUAUUCCUACUAACUUUGAAAUUGUAUCUUUGGAGAAGGAUGCACCACAGUACCCAAAUCUAAUUAAGGAUACUGCUAUGUGCAAAUUAUGGUUCAAGCAGGAUGACAAAUUUUUCCUUCCUAAAGCUUGUCUCAACUUUGAAUUUUUCAGCCCAUUUGCUUAUGUGGAUCCCUUACAUUGUAACAUGGCCUAUUUGUACCUUGAACUACUCAAAGACUCCCUCAACGAGUAUGCAUAUGCAGCAGAACUAGCUGACUUGAACUAUGGUCUCCAAAAUACCAUCUAUGGGAUGUAUCUUUCUGUAAAAGGUUAUAAUGACAAGCAACAUAUUCUGCUGAAGAAGAUUAUUGAGAAAAUGGCUACCUUCGAGGUUGAUGAAAAGCGAUUUGAAAUUAUCAAGGAGGCCUAUAUGCGAUCACUUAACAACUUUCGAGCUGAACAGCCACAUGAGCAUGCAAUGUAUUACCUUCGGCUCUUAAUGACAGAAGUUGCAUGGACCAAAAAUGAAUUAAAAGAAGCUUUAGAUGAUGUUACUCUUCCUCGCCUCAAGGCCUUUAUUUCACAACUGUUGUCACGGUUACAUAUUGAAGCACUUCUCCAUGGCAAUAUAACAAAACAGGCUGCAUUAGGAGUUAUGCAAAUGGUUGAAGACACGCUUAUUGAGCAUGCUCAUACAAAACCCCUGCUUCCCAGCCAGUUAGUAAGAUACAGGGAAGUACAGCUGCCUGAUAGAGGAUGGUUCGUCUAUCAACAGAGGAAUGAAGUUCAUAAUAAUUGUGGGAUAGAAAUAUAUUAUCAAACAGAUAUGCAAAGCACUUCGGAGAAUAUGUUUUUGGAGCUCUUCUGUCAAAUUAUCUCAGAGCCUUGCUUUAAUACUCUGCGCACUAAGGAACAAUUAGGUUACAUUGUGUUCAGUGGUCCACGAAGGGCUAAUGGUGUCCAAGGUCUGCGGUUCAUCAUCCAAUCAGAAAAGCCCCCACACUACUUAGAAAGCAGGGUGGAAGCCUUUUUAAAAACCAUGGAGAAAUCUAUAGAAGAUAUGUCCGAAGAAGCUUUCCAGAAGCAUAUCCAGGCUUUAGCAAUUCGCCGCCUUGACAAACCAAAGAAACUAUCUGCCGAGUGUGCAAAAUAUUGGGAUGAAAUCAUUUCUCAGCAGUAUAACUUUGAUAGAGAUAACAUUGAAGUGGCAUAUCUCAAAACCCUUACUAAGGAUAAUAUAGUGCAGUUUUACAAGGAAAUGUUGGCAGUAGGUGCCCAAAGAAGGCACAAAAUAUCAGUCCAUGUACUAGCAAGGGAAAUGAAUUCCUGUCCUGUUGUAGGAGAAUUUCCAAGCCAAAAUGAUAUAAGUCUAACACCAGCACCACCACUGCCACAGCCAGCUGUGAUUGAAAACAUGACUGAGUUCAAACGCAGCCUACCACUUUUCCCUCUGGUGAAACCUCAUAUCAAUUUCAUGGCCGCAAAACUGUGAAGAAUCUUGCUGGAUGAAGAACUGGAAGCGGAUUAAUAUGCCUUCAGUGGAUUUUCCUAAUGGACAAAGACCUUAUCCUUUAGGACAAGUGAUCCAGGAUUCCUGAUUCCUUCUAGGUUCAUCCAGCAUCAGUGCUGCAAUAGGGAUACAGCAACUUAAGCAAGUAUGCUCUAGUCAUGUGUUAUAUGUUUGUCAUAGAGCCACUACCAGAAACUAAAAUUAAGUGGUAUAUAUGAAGAUUUGUGUAGGUAAAUGGUAUAUUUUACAAUAAUGUGGCCCUUUAAAAGUUUAGUUUGCAUGGAUUGUGAAGAAGUUUCCAUACCAGUCUGAUCUUCACUUGCAAAUCAUUGCUUUUUUUUUAAGAUCAGCUGUUUUGGAAGCGUAUUUUACUGGACAAGAAAGAAAAUAUUAUUAAAAGGCCAUAUUGAUGUUUUUAAAGGAAGCAUGGGGUGAUACCAUUUUUUUAAAAAAAUUAGAUUCUUGGAAGUAGCCAUUUAGAUUCUAUGUAAAAAUCAGUGGAAAGGGGGAGGAAAAAAAUUAAUAAAUAUCUUUGAAGAGUUAUUAGAAAGGUCAAAAUAGUUUUAAUCUUUAUAUCUGUUUGAGAAGAUUUUAUA